AUGGAAUAUACAAUUGGUCCUUUCAAAGAAUAUCCACAUGGCUGUUAUCCGGAUUCUGCUAAACGAGACAACAAGAAUGGAGGAUUGAAAUCAGAUAUAGAUCAGUUCACUGAAAUGGAAAAAACAAGUGUGGAACUCGACGUGAUUGUUCGGAGCAACAUGUUCCGCUGCUUCUACAAUGUAAUGUGGAAAUACGCCGAUGAAGUUUUGCUCAUGAAUUUGAAGAAUCCUCGACUAGCAUUUGGCACCUAUAUUAUUGCCAAUGACCUGCACAAAUGUCUCGAGUCGCUGGAUCUCGACAAGGAAAUGGAGCCAGAAUUCGACUGGUAUAAAGAAGGAGAAGGUGGAUAUUCUGGAAGAGAUGAAUGA